CCCGUUCCCCGUCUCUAAUUUUCAAGCCAAAAAUGGCGAAGUGAGUGGAAUUUUUACUUUUUCUUCUGUUCGGAAAUUAGUUUAUUGCUGCAAAUUACAUAUAAUAACAAGUUCGCGGUGAGUUUAAUGACGAAUACAAUAAAUCGCCAGAGCACACACGAAUAGUGCACGAUGAGAUAAUAACGAAAAACCCAUUCCCUGUGACCGAAAGUGUGCAAAAAAAGAGGAGUGAGAAUGUGGAAUCAAUGGCCCGCUGCAGCGGGUAUGGUGCCAGGCGUCGUGCCAAUGGCUGCACCGCCCCAGCCCACGGUACCGCCGCCACUGCCCGACGCACCACCACCGCCGCCGCCCGCCGACCAUGCGUCCACAAUAUCAUCGGUGGUGUCCGCCGGCGACGCUGAGCAGGUCGCCAUGCCUGCGGCACUGGGUGGCAACCCCUACAGCACGGCCGGUCAAACGGCCACAAACCCCUACGAGCAGUACACGGCUGCCCAGUACGCGGCCAUGACCCCCGAGCAGCAGUAUGCGCUGCAGCACCACUGGCACCAGUGGCAGACGUACCAGCAGGAGUACGCCAAGUGGCAUGCCCAAUACGGAGAGCAGUACAAACGGGAGAUGGCUGCCGCUGCAGCUGGAGGUGCAAAUCCCGCGGCCGUGGCUACUGCCGCUAUUGCACCGGCAGUUGCUGCAGCGCCCGUCACAGCAGCAGCAGUCAUUAUGCCCGCCGCUGCGGCAGUGCAGCCGGGAGUGCAGGGCUAUCCACCAGCACAGCAGGCAUACUACCAGGCUCCGGCGGCGGUGGCUCCGGUGCCCCCCAAUCCCCAAGGGGCUGGCAUUCCGGGCAAGAUUAUGGCCCAACCGCAAAUGUACAGCCAGCCGCCGCCGCCGCCACCGCAGAAGAACGCCAAUGCCGGAGGCUACAUGCAGCAGCAGCACCAGCACCAGCAUCAGCCCGGUCCCAAUAUGUGGCCCACAGCGCCAACGGCGGCUCAUCCACAGCAGCAUCACCAACAACCGCCGUCGGGGUCUCGCUACAACCAGAUGCCACAGCCACAGCCACAGAUGGGAGGCUACGGGCAGCCACCCAUGGGUGGCAAUCCCAACGAGAUGCAGGGCAACAUGAAUCCUUUUCCCAAUCUCCAGCAGCCGCCGCCGCCUGCCUUUAUGGGCGGAGAUCCCAAGUUGCGCCCGCCGCUGCCCAAUGCCAUGGAAAACCAAUGGAACCAGCAUCUCCAACUUCCGCAGCACCAGCACCAGCCGCCGCCACGUACUGCAGCAAGCUGGGACGGCCCAACAGAUGUGCCCGGACCUGGUCCGGGUCCAGGAGGAGGUCCAGGUCCAGGUUCUAGAUGGGAGGGACCAUCACCAGCUGGUGGGAACCGCUGGAAUUCCGGUCCGCCGCCACCUGCCGCUGAUGCAAACCGACGCUGGGACGGACCGCCACCACCGCAGGGUGGUGAUGGCAGCAAUCGCUGGAGCGGACCGCCGCCGCCUGCUGCUGAGCCAAAUCGAGGACGCUGGGAGGGACCACCCCCAGCUAUGGACCAGCAGCAAGAGCAGCAGCAGCCGCCGCCGGGCAGCAACAGCAAUCAGCGAACGAAUCGCUGGUCAACGAAUAAUCCCGAUAUGGAGCAGCGCCAUGCAGGGAAUAAACCGAACAAUAACUUCCAGCGCAAGGGCUGGAGCGAUGGACCAGGGCAAAAGGGAGGAGCAGAUGGCCCUCCCCCACCACGCAGCAACAAUCCUUUUACUCAGCAUUCUGGCCAGGAGUUUGGCUCAAGUCAAGAAGGAUUCAGCGGUCGCGGUGGAGCACCUGGACCUGGGCCUAGGCGAGCAAUUACUGGCAAUUCCAGUGACGGUGGUAACUCAGGAAACUUUGGUAAUAGCCCUAGCGGUGGAGGAGGCGCAGGUGGAUCAAACUUUAUUAGCAACAACAGCUAUGGCGGCGGUGGUGCAGCCCCAAGAGGAUCGGAUAGCUCUGGCAACUUUGGCAAUAAUUUCGGGGCCAACAAUCGUCGUGGUCCACCGCCGAACAACAACAAUGCUGGACGCUGGGAUAAUCAGGGAUACAACGACGAUAGAAGCGGCAACGGCAGCAACUUUGGCCCAAGGAACAGCAACAACAACAAUCCACGUGGCGGAGGUGGAGCUCCUGCCGGGCCAGAUCUGGAUGAGGCGAGCUUCGAUCGGCUGUUUGAUCAGUGGGAGCAGCAGUUUGAGGACUGGAAACGGGCCAAUGCCAAUCAUCCGGAUCGCGAUGAGUACCGCCGCUACGAGGAGGAGUUUGAGAAGCAGCGGCGUCGCAUUGCCGAGCGUCGCGAACAGAUGCGACGUCGCCGUCAGGCUCAAGAUGGUGGUGGAGGAGCGGCAGUUGGUGGCGGCACAGGACCAGCAGCAGCCGCUCCAGAUGGUCCACCAGUCGGACCAAUCGCUAGCAAAGAUCCCAUCGAAGAGAAUGAAGAUGGUGGAGGAGGACGCUUCCGCGGUGGCUCCUUUGAGGGUACAAUCAGAGGUGAUGCGGCAAAGGAUGCUCAGGGACAAGGAACGGGAACGGGACCGGGACCAGGCCCUGCUUUUGAGAGAGGACCCUUUGGAGGACGCGGACCUGGAGCUGCCUUUGAUGGAGGCCCAAAUCGAGGUGGGCCUAGUCCUGGCGGCAGACCUGGCUUUGCUGGCAGACACGGUCCUGGUCCCGGUGCAUUUCCAGGCGGGAAUCACGAGCAGCAUCGCGAGCAGGAACCAUUUAAGGAGCAGAUGCAGCAGCCGCCACACAUGCCGCCCAAGGAGCUGAAGACGGUAGAUCCACAGAAGCAGUCGUCGCCCAAGAAGCCCCUGGAGCAGCAGCAUCAGAAAAGCAAACUUGAGCCUGCUCCUGGAUCUGUUCUUGGGAAGCGGCGGUUCGAGGGUGCCGCUGCCACCUCCACGCCGGCAAAGCUAACCAAAGAGGAGAACAUUCUCACAAUUUCACUGGACGAUGACGACGAUGAGCCGGAGCCAGAGCCGGAGCUGGUGGAUACGCCCAUGACGAAUAUCUUCAGGAAGAGCGAUGGCAUCCCUGGGCUCGAUCUGGUCGAAGACAGAGUCAAGACAGCCGCAGCCGCUGUUGCCACUGACGAAAACAAGAAGAUACCAUCGCUGUUCGAUGUGGUGAUCAAGAACCCGGAGGAUCUGGCUACCGACGCCGCUGUGGCUGUCGAUGCAGCAGCCGUCAAAGAAAGCGGAGCACCUUCUGCUGUGAGCGCCAGCGGCGACAGCAAAAAUUCGACGGAUGAAUCUCUGCCAGCGAAUGUUUCCAACGCUCUUAAGGAUCCCGAUUUCAUGAAUAAUCUCACCCAGGCAGUGGCCAAGGCCCAGGAGCGCUUAAGCGAGCAGCAGGGCGCCGCAGGAGCAGGAACAGGAGCUAACGACUCAGCGGAGCCAGGAGGCGCAGCAGGUGGCGCCGCCAACAAGGGAAGACCGCUUUCCUUUGCCGAAUGGCAGCGCAAGAAGAAGGUUCACUCCCAUUCGCAGUCUCAAUCGCCUGGAAAUGUGGACAAGCUCUCGCAAGACUCCAGGGAGUCGAUGAUGAGUCGGGAUAGCGGCGAUGCCGCCGACUCACGCAGCCGCAGCCGUGGACCCACCGACAUGGAUGAUCCGCAGCACUCUCGGCUCAAUCGUGGAUUUGCUGGUGAUGCUCCUGGUGGCCCUGGUCCCGGUCUCGGUCCUCACCCCGGUCCUGGUCCAGGCUUUCGUGACGCUCACGGGCCCUUUGGUCCCAAUCAAAUCAAUCAAUUGGGACCCGGACAGGUGCCUGGCGAUAAUUUCACGGACUUUAGCAACAAUUUCGAUGGAAAUGGCCCCGGCUUUGGGCCAAAUGGCAGGAAUUUUGGACCUGGCCAUGGACCCGGACCCAGCUUUGGCCCCAAUGGCGGCCGCAAUUUCGGUCCAAAUGGUGGCCCGCCCUUUGGUCCCGGUGGGCCUGGAGGACCGAACUUUAGGCCCAAUUUCGGUCCCAACAAUCGACCAAAUGGGCCGCACUUUGGUCCCAAUUUCGGUCCCAACUUCGGACCCCACAAUCGCGGCGGCGGACCCGGACCUGGACCCAAUUUUGGUCCGAAAUUCCGUGGUCCUGGCCCUGGAUGUGGCCCCGACUCGGCACCGUUUAAUCCCUUCGGCUUUGGUGGUCCUGGAGGUCCUGGAGGGCCUUUUGAUGGCCCUGGUCCUGGACCCAACUUUGGAGGAGGUCCCAACUUCGGUGGAGGAGGCGGCGGAGGACCUCCCAACAAUAGUGAUAAUCCAUUCCGGCGUAAUUCCGGUCCCCCGAUGCCCAACUUUGACGACGAUAUGGGCGGAGGCCCUCCCCGCAAUCGUCGAAACUUUGGACCAGGCGCAGGCGGAGGCGGAAACAUGAUGAACUUUGGAAAUCGGAAGCAAUGGGAUGACGGACCGGAGACGCCGCCGACACAGCAAAAGCCACAGGGGCCGCCAUUCCACCCUCAUUCUCAUUCACGUGCGGAUACCAUUGAGGACGGCGACGAGCAUCCCGUGCAUCGCCCCAUAAAGGUGUUCGACUACCAGAACCAAACGCCCGCCCCCAAAGUCAUCGACUAUGGCCACAAGUCAUCCACAUUGAGCGGGGGCGCUUCUCCAGCACCUGGCGAUGGGCUGCCCGAAUUUAGGCCACUGAAAACCUUUGAGUAUGGACACGCCUCAAACAAUGGAUAUGCGCCAGUUGGUGGUAGAAUGGGACCUGGUCGAGGAGGCGGACGCGGAGGUGGACGCGGCGGAGCAUCACACGGAAUGGGGAUGGGACCUGGAGGAGGGCCAUUAAUAAGAGUAGCAACAGUCGGAGCGGCAGCUGGAAGCGUAACCGCACCCGCAUCCGGUCAGAAUCAAAAUACCAUAAAACAGCGUAACAAAAAAAGAAAAAAACAGCUGCGCCAGCAGGAGCGUAUGCAAUUACAGCAGAAUCGUCAGCUUCAUGCGGUUUCGACCGAAGAGAGCGAUCAGCAGACACCCGUCCCGCAGGAGCAGAUCAAUGCCAAGCAGUCCGAUGAUCUCGAAGAUAUAUCCGAUGGUGAAGAUAAUCUCGUGGAAAUACGAGAUGAUGACUCACUGCCAUCGCCGCCAUCGAUGCACAUCUUUGGCAGCGUCUCUUCCGGUGUGGAACCCUUCAGGAAGGCCUUUCCCGCCAAUCCGCAGCGUCGCAUGCUAUGCGAAAGCUUAUUGAUACCGAAAACGGAACCACUGCCGUCGUCGUCGUCUCCAUCAGAGGGUGCUCCUACGACGCUGCAAUCUCUGUUUCCCUCGGAGGCAAAGGCCAAUGAGGAUGUGCCCGCCGGCCAUGUUCCUGCCCCACAUUUGGAGAUGAGUGUGCCCACGAUUGAGAAUCGCAAUACCAUAACGAUUGAUGAGAUUCUGUUGCCUCCCGGCCGCCUGACGCGUCCCAAGCGCAUUUGUGUUAUACUACGCGGUCCACCGGGCAGCGGCAAGUCCUUUGUGGCACGCCUCAUCAAGGAGAAGGAGCUGGAAAUGGGCGGCACCACACCGCGUAUACUCAGCAUCGAUGAUUACUUUAUCAUUGAGAAUGACUACGAGGAAAAGUGCCCCAAGACGGGCAAGAAGAUACCCAAAAAGGAGCUACUCUACGAGUACGACGACACCAUGGAAGAGACCUACAUGCAAUACCUGAUCAAAUCGUUCAAGAAGACGCUCAGCGAUAACCUGUACGACUUUAUAGUUGUGGAUUGUAAUAACAAUUCGCUGCGCACACUCAACGAGUUCUACUGCAAUGCAAAGGACUCGAAUUUUGUGCCGUACAUUGUGGAUCUCUUUUGCGACAUGGAGACUUGCCUGGGACGUAAUGCGCACAAACGCACCAAAGGGGAGAUCCAGUUGGCGCUGGAUAACUGGAACGAGACACCCCUGCACUACAUCAAACUGGACGUGGCCACGCUGCUGGAGAAUGUGGUCGAGAUGGAAGAUGUUGAGAAUAUGGCAACGGAUGAUAAUGCCUAUAGUGAGGACACUGCUUCGAAUGCCGCCACCAAGGCAGCAGCUACUGGGGAUGGGGAUGUUGUGGUCGCCGCCGCCGCCACCGCCUCCACAGCCGCCGGAGCUGUCGAUGGCACGACAGAAGACAGCAACGGUGAUGAUAUCUGCUACGAUUUUGGCAAUUUGAAAAGCAAGUGGGAAAGCGACAACACCGAGGAUAAUCUAGCCCGUCUGGACGGUACCAUGCGCAUCCUGAAGAAAAGCAAGACCGCCAGCAUGGCCGAAUAUCUGCAGCUGGACGACUGGGAGCCACCCAAGACCUCAGCCGAUGGCAAAAAGCGAGUGCGCUGGGCAGACAUUGAGGAGAAACGCGCCCAGGAAAAGAUGCGUGCCAUUGGCUUUGUGGUGGGGCAGACAGAUUGGAAGCGCAUGAUGGAUCCCAAUGCCGGCAAUCGUGCUCUUAACAAAACCAAAUACAUUGAACGCGUCAAAAAGCGUCGCUAGCACAGAGAGAUACAGAUAGAAAAACUGUGUUUGUGGGUUUGAGAGACAGAAAAAGAGGUUGAGGAGCAGGAGGAGGAGGGUCACUAUUUUAAUUUAUUUCUUUAUUUGUAAAUUGUAAUCACCACCUGGCACGCAACUGCCAGACACGAGGAUCGACAAAAUGCAAUCCGAAUGCAAUCAUUUCCAAGUGAACCCCAGUAAUGCUAGAAUAAUUAUAUACAUAGUACAUGUACUCCAAUGAUGAUGUACCGUACCAAAUCGGUAUAUCAUUUUUUUUUUUUAAUUUUAAGCAAAACGUAGAAAUUUCCUUUGUGCGGUGCGGGCUUUGCAAGCGAUGCAUUUCCGAUCUGUAAUAGGUACCUCCAUUCGAUUGGUGGCCCCUCCUAUCGUGCAGUGUACACAUCAUGUAUUUUAAUUGUAAAUUAUAACAUAAUAUUAAGACAAAUGCAUUUGGAAACAUAUUAAAUUUAUAAUAAACGACAUGCCUAAAA